AUGGCGGACCUUCGCCGGCGCAAGAAGCCGCGGCCGACGGUCGACGCUUCACUUUGCCGGGCCGUGCUGCUCAACCCCGAGCUGCGUCUGCUCGUGCAUGCCUACCAAGAUGGCAUCUAUGAGGACCUCGCGCCGCUUGCUGCCGAGGCCAUGGGCAUACGACGACGCGGCUGCACGUGGCAAGCCGACACGACGCUGCAGCUGAUCUUGCCCGAACGGUACUUUGCCGCGUACCGGACGCGCACGCUGAGCUCCGACGACUUGUGCUUGGAGCCUGCGCGCCUUAACGCGCUCGCGCUGCACUUGGCGCUCUUUGAAGGCAACCUGCGCGUCGUGCAGCGAUGGCUCCGCUGCCACCCGACGCAUCUCACGCCGCGGGCCGUCGACUGCGCGACGCGGUAUGCGCAUAUGGAGCUCGUCGAGUGGCUGCUUGCGUGGACUAAAGGCACGUCGGCGGCAGUCGACUACGCGGCCACGAUCGGCCACAUGGGGCUGCUCACGCGCCUCCUCGCCGCGGCGCCGGGCUCGUUUCGAGCCAUGGACGCUGCCGCGACACACGGCCACCUUGAGGUGCUCUGGCAUCUGCAUACGCACACGUCGCUCAGCCCAAGCGUGUGCGCGAUCGACGGCGCCGCGGCGAACGGCCACUUGGAUACCAUCCGCUUCCUCGACGAGCAUCGGACGGUCGGUUGUUCGGUGGCCGCCAUGGACGCAGCUGCCGGGAACGGCCACCUCGACGUAGUGCGCUAUCUGCACACGUACCGUGAUGAAGGCUGCUCGGUCCGCGCAAUGGACUCGGCGGCCGCGCACGGACACUUGGAGAUCGUGCAGUGGCUGCACACGCACCGCCACGAAGGCUGCUCACGCCGCGCCAUGAACAGCGCAGCCACGAAUGGGCAUUUGGAGACCGUCCAGUGGCUGCAUCAACAUCGAAACGAGGGCUGCUCGACGCAUGCAAUGGACGGCGCGGCGGCCAACGGUCAUCUGGAGAUCGUCCGCUUCCUCCAUGUGCACCGACGCGAGGGCUGCUCGACGGCGGCCAUGGACGACGCCGCAAAGAACGGCUUCCUGAACGUCGUUCAGUGGCUCCACGAGCACCGUGUUGAGGGCGGUACCGAGGCCGGCGUCGCCGAAACGCGGGACGCGGGCUUUGACGACAUUGCAGAUUUCAUGCGGUCACAUUGCCGCACGGAUCUUCGCGUCGAGUGCACGUCGGUGGCCGACGACGACGAGUCGAGUGCGUCCGGCGACGACGACGUGCUCAUAAUGCUCUACGAAGAGGACGACGACCCCGACAACCCGCGCUGGCCCGUUUUUUGA